GCCUCGUUCUAGGACGAUAUGUGUCAACUGGAGUUGGUUUUCCGCUUUGAUUUCUCGUGAAUAAAAAGUAUUUGCUGAAGGCUACAUAUUUUUGUCGCCAGUUCAUGUUAUAUGUUAUGUGUACUGCAUGAUCUCUUCUGCACAGAUUCAUUCUGGCGUUGGAUCGAUGGCCACUGCUGCUCUGGCUCCAGUGGCUGCUCGUCCACCUUCCAGGUCAGAUCAACAACAUAAUGGAAAUAUCCAAGAACCUAAUCGACCUUUACGUUGGAGAGUGAUUGACGACCAACCACAUGUUGGAAAAUACAGGUUUAUACGAACUAUAGGCAAGGGGAAUUUCGCCAAAGUCAAAUUAGCGAGUCAUGUUAUUACGGGACAACAAGUCGCUAUCAAAAUUAUUGAUAAAACCCAGUUAAGUCCUUCAAGCCGUCAAAAGGUAAUUGUUUAUCCUUUCAGUUUCAUUCAAUAAAUUAGCUUUUCCGAGAAGUUAGACUGAUGAAAUUGCUGGACCAUCCAAACAUCGUAAAACUAUUUGAAAUUAUUGACAACGAUAAGAUUUUAUAUUUGGUAAUGGAAUAUGCCAGUGGUGGUAAGUUUUUAAUUACUUUUCCUCUAGGUUAUAUAAAAAUACCCCUCUCAUCAUACUACAUUUAUACACUUACUUAGUCAUAAGUUUUGUGAUUGCUUGGCCUAUUUACUUAUUUUACGAACUAAUUUGCUUGAGACGAUUUACUACAAUAACGUAUUCGACGAUUCAUUUAUAGACGUAAUUUUACCCGCUUGAAGAUGGUAUUUAACUCUAUGUUGUGGUUGUAAUCGAACCAUGUACUACAUUUUGAGGGUUUAUGAAUUCGGUCCGAAUUAUCGUUAUUUUUCUAUUCCAUUUGUGGUAAGACAAACGUUGGUUUCACGACCACAACCAAUUUAACACAUUUUACCGAUUUCUGACUUGGUAUUCUGUUUCGUCAUUUAUAUACAAAUGUCGGCUUAUUAGAUAGAAACUAUUAGUUUACAUUAUUAUAUUUUGAUUGUUGAAUAUUUAUACUACUUAGAGUUGAAGAUUCUGCAUACUACUAAAAUUACCAAGCAGUUCUAUUAUUCCGUACUUAUUUCUGAUUUUCCUAUAAGAUUUUGGCUGUAUCAGAAUCCUUUUAGUUAACGUUGUUAAAUAAAUAGAUUAUGAAUAACGAAACUUUACCAUAUUUUUGUUACCAAUCACUCCGGCUUCCUCAUCUAAAGCAAUGAUCGGCUAGUUUCCCGAAUAUCUAAGAAUAACCAUAAACAAUUCUCCCACCAACUUGCUGGAUAAUAAUUAACAAAUAGAAGUCUCUCGAUACUUACAUUCUUCUAAGAAACAGUCUUCUCUAACCUUUUAGCACACCACCUAUCAUUGCUUCGUUUUUUCGCAUUCGUUUUUUAGGUGAGGUUUUUGAUUAUUUGGUUGCUCAUGGAAGAAUGAAAGAAAAAGAAGCACGGGCUAAAUUCCGUCAAAUUGUUUCUGCUGUUCAGUACUGUCAUCAAAAACAUAUUAUUCACAGAGAUUUAAAAGCCGAAAAUCUCCUUCUUGAUGCCGAUAUGAACAUAAAACUGGCUGAUUUUGGCUUUUCUAAUGAAUUUAGUCCAGGCACGAAAUUAGAUACUUUUUGUGGAAGUCCUCCUUAUGCAGCCCCAGAACUAUUCCAAGGUAAGAAAUAUGAUGGUCCCGAAGUUGAUGUGUGGUCGUUGGGUGUUAUUUUGUACACAUUAGUCAGUGGGUCCCUUCCUUUCGAUGGUCAGACACUUAGAGAAUUGCGUGAACGUGUUCUACGUGGCAAGUAUCGCAUCCCGUUCUACAUGUCAACAGACUGCGAAAGUUUGUUGAAGAAAAUGUUGGUCCUUAAUCCAAGUAAACGAUACACUUUAGAGAUGGUGAUGAAAGAUCGUUGGAUGAAUACUGGUUAUGAAGAUAAUGUAUUGUCACCGUACAUAGAACCCGAACCAGAUUACACUGAUCCUGUACGUAUUGAGAUUAUGGUCAAUAUGGGCUUCAGUCGUGACGAAAUAGAGAAGUCUUUAACUCAAGGAAACUUUGACGACAUAAUGGCUACUUAUCUCCUCCUUGAUAGAAGACGUUCUUCACUUGAUACAAGUUCACGUGAUGGUUCAAGUCUUUCUUUAAGGCAAAGUACUCAUUUACUUUCUGCUACAUCAAAUCCUGCAGCUAGUCCACUAAUCUCAACUGGUGGUGUUAAUUGUGCGAGUGUGGAGCAUACCUCAAAUAUUUGCCCAGACGAUACGUUGUCUGUUUUACCUACAAAUGCUGAUACUGGACCAAUAAAUCAAAACGCACAUUCAAGCUCCAAAUUUACGGUCAAUUCUGGAAGUGCCACUCGUUCUACAAGUACAACACCACCUAGUACAGUAACGGUAGUCAAUAAUGGUGCCAAUAACAAGCCAGCUGUGAAUAUAAUCACUCCUUCAUCUUGCACUUCUGGGUCGGAAAGUCCAGGAACUACAGGUACCAGUACAAUAACUCCCAUUUCACAUGUCAGUUUGGCAUCUACAAAUACAUAUUCAUCUUCAAGUGGAAACGCGAACGUGAAUUACAAUACAGCCCUUAAUGCAAUUGAAGCAUCAUGUCCUUCUAGUAAUGUUGAAUCAAUUAAGUUGAUGCGGAAUGACCUUGUUCGUGCUUCAGAUCGUCCUGGUAGAGAAGAAUCUAGCCGGAUUUUGGCUCGAUUACGAGGUUUUACUGAUGAAAUGGCCACUCCAGUUGUUGGUGGGGGUGGGCUUACAGCUUAUCCAAAUGUUCCAGGCCAACGAACAAGUAUUGAUGCAGGUACCAGCACAGUUCGUCCAACUACGGCCGGCCAGAGAAAACCCAUUCCUAUCACUUCACAAGCUCUGGGUGCAAACACGAAAUCAUCACCAAACUCCAACUCAACUAUGGCACGCCGUACUCAUACUAUGAAUUAUGGGACAACAACCCCAACAUCUGGAGAUCAACAACAUUCUGUUAGGCGCCAACCGAUCAAUACAAAUGCAAGUGGACGCAAUACAUGUGUAUUUGAUAAUGCUAAUCCUAGGAACUCAGUCGCUCUUUCUGGUAUCACUGGUCUUUCUAGUGGAUCUGCUUUAUCGCCUUCGUCUGAUAAAUCUACAUCUGGGUCAUCAAGCGGAAGUGGUAACAAUCAAGUUACAACCAAUGGUGCUGGAAGAUUACCAUCUCAUGAAAUUCGAAGCCAUGUUACUCCUGCACUUGUUCCUAUGACUACGCGUACUAACAAAGUACAUCAUGGUGCCAAUAUAUCUAGUGGUACUGGCGGUGCUUAUCAUGCAGGUUUAUUAUUGGAAAGAUCUGCAACGUUGAAUACUGCAGGUCCUGGUACUAGUGGUAAUGGAACUUCAUCAAAUCAAUGUGCUUCUUCCACACGUGGAAGUGAUGUAGUUGGAGCUGGAGAAUUACAUCGUAAUCAACCUUGUGCCAAUAUUGUCGGUCGAAGCGGAGUGGGUACGUCAACUAACCAGGCGGGUUGUAACGCUACCUCUGUUGCCGCACGUCGUGUAGUUACAAAUACCAAUAAUAACACGUCUUCUGGAUUUAACAAUGGUAUAGGAACUAUCUUAGAGACUACACCUUUCCCUAGGCUUACACCAGAACGUAGAACUAUUCAUUCAACAAAUUCACCAAACAUAGACUUUGAUUUCGAUACAAAUAAUCAAAAUUCUAACAACACAGUCGCUGCUCGUUGUAUUAAUGUUUCACUUGCUGGUGCUGGGGCUACAAAUAGUAGUGGUAUGACUCACUUAACUCCUUCUGGCACUGGUCUUACCUUCUUCAAGGCACUUACUUCCAAAAUCGGUCGACGUGGACCUAAUAGUGGUGCAAUGGGCAAUAUGUCUCAGGCACUUACUGGUGGCACUGAUAUUUCACAUGUUCCAUUCUCAACGGCGGAUUCUAAUAUUGGGGCUUCCACAACCAGCUCGGGAUCAGGUUAUCUACCUGGAGAUUCAGUUUUUUCUGACUCCAGUGUACAUGGCGCAUACACCGAACCUGUUAGUCAGUUAACACCUGGAGGAAGCUCUGCUGGUUCUCCUGUUCCUCAAGGCGGGAAUCAAACUGUUCCUCAUACUGACGAUAAUGUUAAUGAUCAAACGAAACCACGAAGUUUACGUUUCACUUGGUCUAUGAAAACAACCAGUAGCAUGUGCCCGGAUAACAUGAUUAAAGAAAUCAAGAAGGUCCUCACAGCCAAUAAUUGCGAAUAUGAUCAACGUGAAAGAUACCUUCUCAUAUGUGAGCAUGGAGAUCCAAGCACAGAUGCGAAUGUUCAGUGGGAAAUGGAAGUUUGUAAACUUCCUCGUUUGUCUCUAAAUGGAGUUCGCUUUAAAAGAAUUUCAGGAACUUCUAUUGGAUUUAAAAGCAUCGCUUCCCAGAUCGCUAAUGACCUCAAACUUUAAUCAAUAACACUUUCGUUUGCAUACUGAUCUGUUUUAUAUCCCACUUCAAAUGAAGUUAUUUACUUUUCUGUAUACUUGAAGUGCCAGAUUACAACUAUGACUGUGAAAGAUCUUGGAUAAUAUUAAUACAUGCUCAACGGUAUAGUUUUUAUGCAGUACCUCUCUUUUUUUUCAAAAUACUAUGCUGGGUCAUAAUAUCUUGUUUCGAUACAGCCCACAAUGACAUGUUUUUCGUGAUUUCAAGUGUGUUCUUUGUCUGUAUGCGUUUCACAUAUACGCAUUUGUACAGGCCUAAUGAUCACUUUACAUGUGUGUAAAUCUUUUCUGUCAGAUCCUCUACAUUGUCUAAUUUGUAUUGUAGUGGUUAUUUCCGACCAAAUUUUAUUCAGACAUGUUUGUACUUUCCAAUUCUUUCUUUAUUAUUUCUUAUAUAUUCACUCCACUCAACAGCAUCAUUCGUUCUUAGACUUCUGAUAAUGUCCUCAGGAUUCCUUAUCUGCACUUUUCUGUUAACAUCUCUGAUGAAAUAUCUAAGCACACUUGUUUAUGUCAUCUAAGUAGAUUAUGACCACCCCUGUUUCACUUAUAUGUAUUUUUGUAUUUCUAACUGUCCCGGGUGUUUCAUUUUUGUUCGUUAAUUUUAUGUCUACCAAAUUGAGCUAUGGAAAUUUAUGUAAGUUAUUUCUUAGUCUUUAGUGUAGUACCUAUGUAUUCGUAUAGUAUUGUUUUUCAUUCCUUCAAAAUGAUCUCUUCUGUUAAUCUCACUACAUCUUUUCUUCUCAUUUAUCGUGCAGUCGUGCCACCUUAUUUGAAAAGUAGCAAUUUGUCGAUUUUAUUUUUUCAGUCUGUUAUCAUCCUCAUAACACUAUUUUCUCCUGAGGGUCGUCUAUCUCUACACUUUCAAUACUUCACAAUAAAAUACAAUAUAAGCCUUUCCUAUUGAUGCUCUGUUCCUUUCUGCAAGUGGAUCUAAGAAUGCACAGUAACUAAAAUUAUUACUUUUUUGCCUUUUACAAUGCAUGCGCCAUCGCCUGUGUACACCGUUGAUAAUUCCUAAGGAAGCCAUAUAAAACGAUUGUGUAAGUCCCGUAUCAAAUGUUUCAUUUUUGCCUUCGGGAAUGAUAUCAGUGUAAUUACUAGAUAUUUGCAUUCUGUUCCAAAUUGAUUUUUCUUCUUGGUUCUUUCGUUUAGUUUACCAUAUUCCUCACCAAUAUUCAAUGUCAUAUAUAUUCUGUGAAUAGAUUUAUUGCGUUCAAUUAGUAACAUCCUUAAUUAUUGUUAUUAUUAAUGAUGGUCUGUUCUUAUUGUUUCUGAAUCUCGCUGUUAAUAAUAGUAUUAAUAAUAAUACAUAUGACUAAGUAACUAAACACAUUUCAAUCUAUUUGAACUCUAACAUAUACUCUUCCUUUCAAGUGCGUUUUCCCAAAUGUACAAACCCUAUACACACAAAAAUUUGUUUCAAUGUUUAUAUUUUGUUAACUUCCUUCUUUCAUCUUUUGUUCGUCUCGUUUUUUCUUUAUAUUAUUAUGUAUGUUUUCGAUUUGUGAUAGGGUGAUUCCAUUUAAUUCUUUGAAUACGUUCUGUCCUAGAUGUUUAUUCUAAUGCAGGUUUCACCUUUAUUUCGUUAUCCAAUGCAGUUUAAAAGAUAUUUUAAUUUUCUGAAGUAUUGACAACUAUUUUAAAUUCAUGCGGAAGUUACUUUGUGAUAUUGUUGCUGUUCUCUUUUACAAAAUUAUGAGUUAUCUUUUCUGCCAUGAAACCUAGUUCCAUAAUGUGGUCUGAUUUAUUUCAUACGUGGUUAUACACUUUUCUCACCUGCAGUGUUUGUUAUCUCGUGUAUCUGUGUAUAUUAGUAACUUACGCUAAAACUUAUUGCGCUAACUGUUCUUAUGGCGGAUGAUACAAAUAAUAAUAAUGGGUUUUCGCCGGUGACUUCUUGCGAAAAGGAUAAAAAGUAGCUUGCCUUCUUUAAUCUUCGUACUGCUAUGUUUCACCAUUUCUAUUUUGCUUUUCCUUAAUUAAAUGUACCCUCUACAAAUUGUGUGCAAAAUUCAUUAUACCUUGGUAAGGAGAAAAAUCGGUUUCAUUUACUUAUGAUUAACAUUAUGAAAAACUUUUAUACGUAAUAGAUUAUCUCUUCUAUAUCAUGCAUACAUUUAAGUUGUUACAUCCAAAUGUUCGCUUAUUCACUAUCUUUCGUCUCUCUUAAAUCGUUUGUGUCCCUCAUUUAGUUCAAAGGAGUUGUUUUUCCAACUUCAUCUUGUAUACCUUCUUUUAAAGGGUAUAUUGACUUUACACACAUGCAAACGUACGUUUAUGUGUAUGAAUCAUCUGUCUAACCUUAUAUAUAUAUAUCCUAACGUAUUUAUUGAGAUUCUACAGCCACGUGAUCAUUUCAAUGCACUCGACUGUGUAGAAUUCCCACUACAGACAAAUGAAACUAGUGUUUAGCAAAUUGACUUUUUUCAUAUUUUAUUUUUUUUGUUAGUAGUUCAUUGAGUUGUACCUGCUCAUUUUUAUAGUCAUGUUGAUGAUGACGAUAUUGACCAUCCCGUUUUUAUUACGGUUUUGGACGCUACUAACUCAAAAGUACGCUUAAUGUCUUAUUAAUAAGUGAAUAAAUUACUACCAUAAUCGUGAAACUUUAGGUG